GACGGAACAUACUGGUAGCACAACAAAUUAGUAUUCCAUGGAGAAGAACAACUCUGGAAACACAAAAUUUAGCAAAGACGAAGUUAUUGAUAAACUCAAAGACGAUGGACACUUCGAUAGGCUCCGUCUCAAGAUCAUUCGCAAGCUCAAGGAAAACGUUAGUCUUUUCUCUCCAAAACCCACGCGCAACACACUCUUUUAGGGAAGAAUUGCGCAACAACAUUAUUUCUGCUGUUAAGCAAUCAACAGCACUUAAUCGUGCGGGUGCUGAAAAUAUGAAACCUAGACAACUUUCUGAUGCCAUACAUGAAGAGAUUAAGUUCAAAGUAAUGAGCCAAAUUUCUGAUGGUCUCUGGGAAAUAAUUAGAUCGAAGGAGGGCAUGAAAAGUGAAAUUGAGGAAACAGUACAAUCUGUAUAUGAUAAAUUAGUGAAUCCUGGUGGGUUAAGAGUGGGUGAAUCAUCAACUCAUGACAUGCUAGAUCAAAAGGAGCCUCAUGAUAAUUGUCCUAUUGAGCCCUUAGCAUGUACAGUUGUUGAGACAUUACCUGAUCGUGAGCCAAAAGCACCACCAGGCUUCUGUCAAAACCAUUACCAUAAUGAUCAAGAGAAGCAGCUCCAAGAUGCGCAGCAGCUGCCUAUGCCAUAUGAUACAGACCAAGUGGAACUACAGAAGGAAGGGAUCCAUCACUCUAAAGAUGUGCUGCAGCCUCCUGGGUUUUCAAUAGAUGUGGAGCACAAGCAGCUCUGUGAUUGUAGUGAUGAGGACCCUGAUGUGCCUCCUGGCUUUGGUUGAUGCACUAACUUACUCGUCAUUUAUGGAGAUUUUGGAAUGAAAUAGUUGUCCAUCAAAUUAUGGAGGGACUGAAUUUUACAUCCUAGGAGGCUGCUCUUUUGUGGCACUUGGAUAGAGGGUUUGUCUUUAAUGAUGGGGGAAGGUAAGAUGCAUCAGAAAAUAUUAAUAUUCUUUAUUAUGAAUAUCUCUUACCUGCAGAUCAAUUUCUAUUUUUGAAGCAAUUGAUCACCAGUUUUUCUAGAAUUUCACUUUUUUUUUUUAGUUUCUGUAUAACAGCCCCAAGUUUUCAUCAAUUACAUAUACGAAAUAAAAAAAUCCAUUAGAGGCUUUUGAUUAA